AUUAAACAGCUGCUCAAUAUUUAGCUUUGUUGUGUUCUAGGCGGGUUUAUUUAAACAUUUGCAAUUGUUAAUUAACACUUAAUAAUAAGAAUUUCUAAUUUUUACGGUGUUCGUAUGUGCAAAAAGUGAAUUAACUAUCAAAAUGAAAUUUCUUGAAUAUGGCGAGGACUUUCUAUUUGAUGAUAUGCCAAAAGUGUACAAUCCCACACAAAAAGUAUUUAUUACACGUCUCUAUGGCUUGAAUCAACUGCAGCUGCCCAAAAGAGUACCUAUAAUCUACACAAGCAAAGCGAUUGCUUGGAGGCUGAAGAUGCACUUCAACACCAAUAAGGAGCAGCUACUCACAGACUCAAACUUUGUCUACUUGGACCCCACAAAAAAUCCACAUAUACUGCAUCUCAGUGAUGAAAAGCGUGUCAAAGUUUUCGUGUUUGAAGAAGCUGCAGCAACGCGUAAUAUUAUGCUACUUAUACAGAAAGAUGGUAAAAUUACACACUUGUAUGCCGGUGCAUGUGUUUUUCUACGCGAAAUUUUACUUAACGAUGUCUUCGUUUCGUGUAUAGUCACGGGUGUUGAAAAAUUAUAUAUGGACUUAAAUCGUGCACUAACGCCCUGUAAUCCAAAUGAGUUGAAUGAUAUCAUUGACGAAUUGGAGCGACUACUACAUAGAAGCAAAGUUUUAAUAAAAAUACAAUUGCUGGUAGAGCUUUUUGGCAGCGAGCAAUUAGUAGCUGAGUUGGGAAACCAGUUGCCCAGCUUAGUGCAUCUUAAUGACACAUAUCUGAAUUAUAAUGGGCAUUUUUUGUGCCUGGAGCACUUCCAGAUGGACGCUGAAAAGGCACGCAUAUUUGUAGAGCAUGAGCCAAAUACGGAAUGCGCGAAACACUGCCACGAAUCCGAAGUAUUAGUUACCGUAAAAUUAACAAUGGACAAACGGAAAAAAGAUAAACCCAAUAACUACUUCGAGAUGCACUUUUCUCCACUGCCAAGUUCUUUCAAUUUAAAAGUGCUCGCUUCGGCUGUAAAUCCCGCGCAAAUAUUCGGUAUAACCUAUGGUAAUAUGGAACCGCCAAGUAUACCCGAAUAUUUACGCGCAUUUUGCAAAAUACCCAGCAGACCACGUUUUCCGAAAAAGAGCAAACCGCCUCCGGUCGAUGCUGGUAAGCCUUUGCCAGCUGAAAAGAUUAGUCCAAAUAAAGACACACCAGCACAUUACUGCAUACGCAAACCGAAUUUCGAAUAUUUGGACGAUGACAGCAAUGAAGAGUCAUAAAAGUCAAUAAUUUUUUUAUAAUUUUCCAUAUUAUUAUGUUAAUUAAUUACAAUUUGUUUUGUUGCACUUAAAAUAUACUUUAUUUUCAUUUAAA